GCGCAAUGUCUUAACAGUUGCGUUACUGUGACGCGGUUUGCCCUGUAGCCUUGAUUUUGCAUAGGUUGAUAGUUGGCUCAAAAACAUCAGCGUAUCACAUGCUGGAAAGUUGCAGUGACCGAUAAUUUGAGAAAUUUCGGUGAAGUGGAUCCAUAUCUUGUGCCAGGUUCUACGAUGGCACAGGAAACCAGUUUCCUAACGAAAAUGCUUUGUCUCUUCACGUCUCCAGCUCCGUCUUCUUGAUAUUUCGACUAUGUAAUUUGGACUGUACUGUAUGCCCUUGGCUGACGAUUUCUGUUACUCAGUUUUUCAAUAUAGUUCACCAAUCCAAAUAAACAGCUUCAUUAUUAUUUGAUGUCAAAUAAUUCCUGCAAAUACAGUAUCAUGUUAAUUCUAAUUAUAGAUACCAAUGAAACGUAGGGUGUCUGAUCACAAUAUUAAAAGCCCAACGAAGAUGACGAAAGUAUGCAGAAUCCCUGAAAUGCAAACUAUCCACGAAGCUUUGGAAUACCUGUUCAGUCUGUAUCCUCAAACGAGCUCGAAGAAUCUUGGCCAUCCUAUUAUCAUGAAAUCGCAGUUGUAUGCUUUAGUUAAAAAUAGAAACAGGGUAGAAUCACAACUGUCAGAAAUGCAGACAUCUCAGAAAAUACGUCUGUUAAGCGUAGAUGAUCAAAUAGACGAUUCUGUGGGCAUUAUGAAGCUAGAUGACUUUGUUAAUUCUUUUAAAGACCUUUCUUGUUCUGCUGAUGAUUCACAACUCUUAGGGAGAUUUUGUGAUUUCACCACUCAAAAAUACCAACAUUUGAGUAUAUGUAAGCGUGUUGCUUCGGAGAAUUUUACAGAUAGUGAACUAAGUACCCUUAUACAGUAUGGUGCUUUGACCAUCAAAUCUGAAACCAGUUGGUAUAUUUCUACUCCACACCUUGGGCGUUUUAUCCAAGCAUACAAAGCUGGUCAACGAGGUUUGUUAAGGCUAAUCAAGAGGACCAAAUUCAAAGAACUAUUACUAUCAGAAAUUUUCCAUCGACAUCUGGGAAAAGGUUCUGACUUGGGUCAUAUGUACCAUAUACUGGCUCAUUUGGGUGCUGGAACUUUAAACUUGAUUGAAACAAGCUGUGGAUUGCUUAUAAGAAUGUAGUGUCCAAAAUGCGGAUGGCUUGCUGAAUGCAUUCAAUCCAACCUGUCCAGUCUUCGGUUUUACGCGAAAUAUUGUUAACUAUCUGACAGUUGAUAUUCUGUAUCACGUUGUCACUUAAUAUUUUUGUUGAAUUUGUAUUCAUUUUGUAAUGAUAACAACAGAAUUUAUGUAAAUAAGGAUUUAGAAAUUUCAA